AUGCCACACUGGGAUGCCACACUGGAAUGCCACACUGGAAUGCCACCGAGGGUCAGGAGGGCAUGGGCCACACUGGGAAUGCCACACUGGAAUGCCACACUGGAAUGCCACCGAGGGACAGUCCAGUCCAGCUCCUCUUCUCUGAUGGACCCUCACCUGCCCCUCCACUCCACAGAGCCGCUCCCCUCCUCCUUCCAGAUGGGUGAGCGUGACCCCCAGCCCGACCCCCAGGCGACCCACGACCUCAGUCGGGUGCUGCUGCCUCUGGGCCUGGCGGUCCUGGCGGUGGCGGCGGCGGGCAUCAACUCGCUGGUCAUCACGGCCAUUCUGGCGACACGCAGGCUGCGAAGCCCGGCCAACUACCUGAUCUGCUCGCUGGCGCUGACGGACCUGCUGGUGGCGGUGCUGGUGAUGCCGGUGAGCAUCGUGUACAUCGGCGAGGAGCGCUGGGCGCUGGGCACGGCGCUGUGCCACCUGUGGCUGGGCGUGGACGUCACCUGCUGCACCUGCUCCAUCCUGCACCUGGCCGCCAUAGCGAUCGACCGCUACCGCGCCAUCACCGACGCCGUGGCCUACUCGCGGAAGCGCACGGCGCGCCACGCUCUCCUCACCAUCUCCGCCGUGUGGCUGCUCAGCGUGCUCGUGUCGCUGCCCCCGCUGGUGUGGAGGAGACAGGACGAGGGGCGCGAGACAGAAGGCGGGGUCACGCAGUGCCUGAUGGAGCACGACCACGUGGCCUUCACCGUCUACUCCACGUUCGGCGCGUUCUACAUCCCCCUGCUGCUCAUCCUGGUUCUGUACUACCGGAUCUACCACGCGGCCCAGACCCUGCGGAACCGGCACGGCAGCCGGCUGGUGCGGUGCACGGUGAGCAGCGUGGUUCUGCCGGGGGGGGAAGGGUCCGGGUCCGGGUCCGGGUCCGGGUCGGGCUGGGAGCGGGACGGCACGCUCAGCCCCGUCACCCUCAGCCCCGUCACCCUCAGCCCCACCACCGAGCGCUCCUUCUCAGAACUCCAACGAGGGGACCGACCGGACCCGCAUCACGGGCGCCGGCGCCGCAGGGCGGCCCUCACGCUGGGGCUGAUCCUGGGGGCCUUCGUGGUCUGCUGGCUCCCCUUCUUCCUGAAGGAGGUGAUCGUCAACAGCUGCCCGUCCUGCGGCACCUCGGCGGCGGUGGCCGACGGCCUCACCUGGCUGGGCUACCUGAACUCCCUCAUCAACCCCCUCAUCUACACCGUCUUCAACGAGGACUUCAAGAAGGCCUUCAAGAGGCUGCUGGCUUUCCACUGCAACCACUACAGAUGA